AUGCGCAUCCUUGACUUUGUUAAGCCAUUUGUGCCAUUCUUACCAGAAGUGCAGUCAAGUGACAGAAAAGUUCUAUUCCAAGAGAAGCUUUUAUGGACACUAAUUGCAAUACUUAUUUACUUUGUAGCCUCGCAGAUACCACUAUUUGGUAUUAUGAUAAAUGAUAAAGCCGAUCCUGUUUAUUGGCUUAGAGCAAUGAUGGCGGGUAACAGAGGAACCCUAAUGGACUUGGGUCUAGGCCCCAUUCUUAUGACGAGUUCUAUCAUCCAGUUCCUUGGGUUUGUGGAUCUUUUAAAAAUAGAUGAAAGCAUAAAAGAGGAUUCUCUUUUAAUGGCCUCCCUCCAGAAACUACUGGCACUUAUAAUUACAUUCAGUCAGGCAUUAGUGCAGAUUUCUACUGGGUUCUUUGGGGCCCCAUCAAACUUGGGGCUAUCUGCAUGCAUUCUUAUUUUAGUACAACUGAUGUUCUCUGGAGUAAUAAUCAUUCUGUUAGAUGAGCUGCUUCAGAAGGGAUACGGUUUGGGCUCUGGUGUGAAUCUAUUUAUUGUAGCAAAUAUCUGCGAGUCAAUUGUGUGGAAAGCAUUCAGCCCUUCAGUGUACAACACAGGAAAGGGCCCAGAGUUUGAGGGGUCUUUGAUUAGUUUGCUUCAGCUGUUGAAAAUACGCAGAAAUAAGUUUGAGGCACUCUAUGAAGCGUUCUUCAGAAAAAACUUUCCAAACAUAUCAUGCCUACUCACAACAGUUGCAAUGUUCUCUCUAGUUAUAUAUUUGUACAAUAUACGUCUAGACUUACAGUUGGAGUCUACCCAAAUGAAGACAAGAUACAUUAACUGGGGAAUUAAGCUGUUCUAUGUUUCUAGCACACCAAUUAUCAUACAGAACCAGAUACUCACAAACUACUACAGAAUAUCCAAGUUCCUCUUUGACAGAUUCCCAACUAAGUGGUAUACAAGAAUUCUAGGUCUGUGGGACAUAAAUGAAAGUAUGAUAUACGUGCCUGUUAAGGGAAUAGCAUACUUUAUAUCACCACCUGUUAAUAUUCUGGCCGCAUUAAAGAACCCAAUCCAUUUCUUGAUUUACACCUCGUUCAUGCUGACCACAUCUGGUCUUCUGGCAUACUACUGGGUAGAUAUGAAUGAAAGCUCACCCAAAGAGGUGGGGAAACAACUCCAGAAACAAAAACUGGUUGUGAAGGGAUACUCUGUUCAGGGAACACAGGAUAUGUUAGAUAGGUAUAUACCAAUUGCAGCUGUGCUUUCUGGUUUAAUUGUAGGAGGUAUCAGUAUAAUGAGUGACUUGCUUGAUACAAUUGGGUCAGGACAAAACAUCAUAUUGGCCGUGUCAAUUAUUGGGCAGUACUUUGAGUUAUUUGUAAAAGAACAGAUGAAAUACAAAGGAAUGCAGUAGAAUAAAUAAG